AUGAAUGUCAUUCGGCUCCGCAAAAACAUCACCACUCUUACUCAGGACGAGCUACACGAUCUGGUACGUGCAUUCUAUUUGCUUCAGCAGGAGGGUCCAGGCACAGCAGAGGCUCCCAAUGAAGAUUCCUUUUAUACCAUCGCUGGUUACCAUGGUCAGCCCUUCAGGGGUGCUGGCUAUGGAAAUCGAGCUUGGUGGGGAGGAUUUUGUCAUCAUGGCAAUGUGCUUUUCCCUACUUGGCACCGUGCGUAUGUCCUUCGCUUGGAGGAAGCCCUCUGCAACGUUUCUGGAAACCCGAAUCUAGCUCUGCCGUACUGGGAUGAGAUUGCCGACCAAAGCGUACCGACAAUUUUUACAACCAGAAGAUACACUUUACGCGAUAUUGGCGAAGUUGACAAUCCUCUAUACUCGUACAAGUUGUCUCAGGGGUUUUUUGACAAUCUCGGUCGGAGUGUCUCCGACGAAGCCGGCGCCUGGACCAAAAAGGUUGACUACAGCAAGCCCAGACAUUAUGAGACAGUUCGAUGUCCUUAUUCGGGCCUUGUUGGGCCAAAUGACAAAGCAGCUACAACCAUGCACAAUGCUGCUAUCGAUGAAGCUGCGGCUUCAAAUGCCCUGAAUGCUAGUGUGAGAGCCUGGCUAAGAAAUCCUGCGGAAAAUGGAGUCCCAGGCAUGCGUCAGCUUUACAUCAAUGCGGCCUGGAAGGCUCCAAACUACACCGUGUUCUCCAACACAACGUCAGCUGCUAAGUGGAACGAUGACCUUUUCGCUCGUGAGGCUGAUUGGAACGAUGACUUUGUGGUUUCCGUGGAGCGACCACAUAAUGGAGUUCAUCUGGCGGUUGGUGGAUAUUUCAUGCCAGACAUGAGAUAUGAUAGACCAUUCUACCCUGGAGCAAACGGAGACAUGGGCGAGAAUGACACGGCGGCGUUCGAUCCUAUCUUCUUUUUUCAUCAUUGUUUUAUCGACAUGGUAUUUCACCUCUGGCAGCGCCAUCAUCAGGCCACGGAUCAUUUCGAUAUCCUUCCCUUUUAUCCAGGUACUAGUCCGAUUGACAGCCAGGGUCCAACUCCGGGCAUGAGUGCUGAUUCCCAGCUGAACAUGGAUACUCCGUUGACUCCAUUUCCUUAUACUUCUAGAGGAGUCGUAAACAUUCGGAGACUCGGAUACGAGUACGACUGUGAUCAAAGUUACUUUGAUCAGGUCCCACCACCUCCUCCCAAUGAUGAUGAGCUUGGUGGUGGAGAACUAGCGGGUGGUGAACCUCGUGGUGGUGGUGGUAAUGGUGGACCUCGUGGUGGUGGUGGUGAUGGUGGACCUCGUGGUGGUAAUGGUGGUGAUGGUGGACCUCGUGGUGGUGGUGGUGGCGGUGGAGGGCCUGCAGGCGAUGGUAGUGGUUAUCCAGGUGGAGGUGGUGGCCGACCACCACCCUUCCUGGGCGAAGCAAAGCUACCAGAGCGACCUCAUCCAUUGUCGAAGAGCUCACCACCGUCCAAAAAGCAAGCGUCAUCCGGGUCGCGCUCAGCUGUACGGGUGACGGGCAUCAGCCGGAACCAAAGACUGGGCUCCUUCGUCGUGUCUAUUUGGGCCUUCCCUGCUGAAGAUGAUGAGAACUGGGCAGGCGCUCGUCUAAUUGGGGUUGAGCCAGUUUUCAGCCGGUGGCAUGUACCCAGUUGUGCCAAUUGCAGCAACUCUUUGUCGGUAUCUUUUCACGAACAUCUACCACCAGGCUCAUCUCCAACGUCUACAGACACCUUCACCAACAGCGAAGGUAAUAAAAAGAAACUGAAACUUUUUGCGCUCGAGAACCAGGUUCUAAAAGAAGGAGAGACUCGGGCACACAAAAAGAAGGCCUUUAAGCCUAUUGUAGGUGAUAGCAAUGUGGAUCCAGGGCCUUGGAUUGAAAUCAAGACCAAGACGGUUUCCGCUUGA